CCGGCAGCCAUUUUUUUUCACCUGUCUAACCCUGUAGCGCAGCCCCUCAACAGCGCUCUGCCGCCGGGCUCACGAGAAGGAAUCGCAAGGUGAAAGACCAUGGCCCGUACCAAGCAGACCGCACGCAAGUCCACCGGUGGGAAGGCCCCGAGAAAGCAGCUGGCCACCAAAGCAGCGCGGAAGAGCGCGCCCUCCACCGGAGGGGUGAAGAAGCCCCAUCGUUACAGGCCUGGCACCGUAGCCCUCCGUGAGAUCCGUCGGUACCAGAAAUCCACCGAACUGCUCAUCCGGAAGCUUCCCUUCCAGCGCCUGGUACGCGAGAUCGCCCAGGACUUUAAGACAGACCUGCGCUUUCAGGGGGCAGCCAUCGGAGCUCUGCAGGAGGCUAGUGAGGCGUACCUGGUGGGACUGUUCGAAGACACUAACCUGUGUGCCAUCCACGCUAAACGUGUCACCAUAAUGCCCAAGGACAUCCAGCUGGCCCGUCGCAUCCGUGGGGAGCGUGCUUAGUGUCUCUUCGUGGCAAGAAAGUGUAUACUUUUUAAAAUAGGGAAACUUUAUUUUUUUUCCUCUCACUUUGUAAUAAUCAAUGAAGACUUAUUCUGUACAAAAAAAUGUGUUGGGUAUUAGUUCAAAUAAGUUUUACACAGCAUAUGACUGUACAUUUAUAGUGUGUUGUGCUUGUGUGUUUUUUUUAUUUGUUUUAUAUGCACAUAUGUACAAACAGUAUAUAUAGUACCUGAUAAUACCAACAGCAGACCAUUUGUUGCUGCUGUAACCUACUUUUUAAAAAAGUAAAACGGAGGAUGUUUUAUCAUAUAAGGGAAUAUGUCAUUUCUUGGAUGUUAAAUAUACUGUGGUGUUUGUGCAAUA